AUGCUCAGUAAAGUUGAUUCACAAGAAAUGAUGAAAGGGAUUAAUUUAAGUGCCCCAGCAGUUUUUAUCUUACUGGGCUUUUCUGACUACCCGCAGCUGGAGAAGGUCCUACUUCUGGUGAUCUCCAUCAUAUAUGCUCUGACACUGAUGGGGAACACAGCAAUAAUACUUGUCUCAUAUUUGAGCCUCAAACUCCACACACCCAUGUAUUUCUUCCUUUCUAAUCUCUCCUUCCUGUACCUCUGUUUCACAACCAGUGUUGUCCCACAGAUGCUCUGGAACCUCAAGGGCCCUAGGAAGACCAUUACUUAUAUUGGUUGUGUGAUCCAGUUCUACAUUGCUUUGGGCCUGGGCUCCACAGAGUGUAUCCUCUUAACAGUUAUGGCCUAUAACUACUUCAAUGUGAUCUGUCGACCUCUCCACUAUGGUGUUAUCAUGAACCCAAAGCUUCUCAAACAGGUAGCGGCUGUGGCCUGGAUCAGUGGCUUUGUGGAGUUGACAAUUCAGACCAUUCUCAUUUUCCAUUUAUCCCUCUGCAACCACCACAGGGUGGAUGACUUCAUAUGCAAGGAGCCUGCCCUGAUUAAAAUUGCCUCUGUGGAUACAGCCUUCCUGGAAAAUGAGCUCUCCAUAUUUACUGUCCUCUGUGUGGUUAUACCUCUGGGGCUUAUUGUGGUCUCCCAUGGCUGCAUUGUUAGGAGUGUGCCAGGGAUGAGCUCUGCUGAAGGCAGGAGAAGAGCAUUUGGGACCUGUGGGUCUCACAUGAUUGUUGUGACUUUGUUCUUUGGAACUAUCAUGUCUGUCUACAUUCAACCCAAAAGCCAGUACACACAGAACCACAGAUUCAACCCAGUGGUCCAAAUUGAAUUCAGUUGUUACAUCUCUUAA